GUCAAGUUAAAUCAAGCAUUAUCAUCGAUUGAGAGUUGUCCAGCUGGAGUACCACAAGGAUCUGUGCUUUCGCCGAACUUAUGUGAUGUCCACAUUGACGACUUAGAUGCUUGUGUUCCUGGAGAACUUAAGGUCAGCACACACAAAUAUGCUGAUAUGACGGUAAACAAAGUGAAUGCAUCAUGA